CCUUGCCGCUCCCCACGGCGCCGCCUCGCAUGCAGGAGCAGCUCCUCCACGCGGCCGAGCCCGGCCGCCGGCCGGCGCAGCAGUUCGUCGGCGUCGACCUCCGCCGGCCCAAGGGCUACGCCGCUCCGGCCUCGACUCCGCCGUCGGAUCCUCCUGCAGCAACAAAGGCGGCGGCCGCGGAGGGUGAGCCGUGCCCGCGGUGCGAGUCCAGGGACACCAAGUUCUGCUACUACAACAACUACAACACCUCCCAGCCGCGCCACUUCUGCAAGGGCUGCCGACGCUACUGGACCAAGGGCGGCACCCUCCGCAGCGUCCCCGUCGGCGGCGGCACCCGCAAGCGCCCCGCCUCCUCCUCCUCCUCCUCCUCCUCCGUCAAGAAGCCCACCAAGAAGCGCCGCGCCACGCCACCCGAGCCGGUCGCCACCUCCGUCCACGAAGCCACGGCCCAAGACGCUGCCGCCAAGAUGACCGAGACGACCACCACCCCACCGACCGAGGCUUCCGCGAGCGAGAUCACCACGGAGCUCGUGGUCCCCGCGGCGGCGGCGGCGGCGGAGGAGGACUCCUUCACCGACCUCCUCCACCACGGGGACGCCGACGCCGCCGCCGCGCUCGACCUCGGCUUCUCCGACUACCUCUCCGUCGGCGGCAAGGCCCUGGGCGACGACGCCUACUCCUUCGAGUGGCCCGCGCCGUUCGACCUGGGCGGCGCGUGCUGGGGCGGCGGCGCCGGGUUCGGCGCCGACACUGACCCGGCCGUCUUCAUGAACCUCCCCUGACCUGACCGCUCAGGCAACCGUGGAGCGCGUCGAUCGGCUCCGACAAAUUCCGAUUAAUUACUACUGCUAGUAAGUACAUGGUGCACGGGGGGUAUAUCAUAGUAUGGCGAACGAUAACGAUGACCUUAAUUUUAGCUUGUUUAUUGAGAUUAGCUGCCGCGUUUUACUCCGAGUGUGCUAACUCAAAACAGGCUUUGAUGGGACGAGCUUGAGAUGUUUCGUCUCUGUAUAAACCAAGGAGUGCUUGGGUUUCUUUCUUUCUUCUUACAUGAUUCCUCCUCCCCCUCGUUAAUGUCUGCCUGUCGUUAAUUAAGAACAAAGAUUCCGGAUGGAAUGGAAUGUAUGCUGGCUGGAGAAUGUUUCAUGUUCCUCCAGUUGCUCCCUUCCACUUGAUAUAUUCUGCUCUUGUGUUGUGGCUGGUUGAUGUGCCACAUUAUUCUUCUUA